AUGGAAAAUAUAUUACCUCCAAGGACCAACAUGGUUGAUGCUGCCAUCCAGACAGAAUCUUUCAGUGAGAUCAUAGACAAAAUUUCUGAACAGCAGCGAGAAAUUGAAUCGUUGAAGCGACUACUAGGGGAGACCAAAUUUGUUCCUGAAAACAUAUUUGAUGACGUUAAGAUGAGAGCUUUGACCAGCUUUUCCAGAGAAAGAUUUUUUAUGCUAUUUUCUUUUUUAAAUAUCCAAAAAGACUUGGAAAAGAAUAGUUCUUUAAGUCCUGUACAUCUUUUCUUUUUAUUUUUGGUUAAGUUGAGAACAGGUAUAACGAAUGAAUUCCUGUCCAUUCUAUUCAACAUCUCAGAUUCCACAGUAUCAAGAUAUUUUAAUUUUGUUGUUGGAGUUUUGCAUACAAAACUAGGAACUCUAAAAAUAUUUCCAGAUAAAGCCAUGGUGCAUGACUCCAUGCCUCGAAAUUUUUUGAAGGAAAACAGCGAGUGUCGAAUCAUAAUCGACUGUACCGAGUUUCCAAUUCAAAAACCGAACAGCCCAUCUGAACAACAAAUGACUUUUAGUCAUUAUAAAAAUAAAAACACAUUGAAAGGUCUCAUUGGCAUCAUGCCUUCUGGUGCCAUUUCCUUUAUCUCAGAUUUAUAUUGUGGCAGUAUAUCUGAUAAAGAAAUUUUUUUGAAAAGUGGCCUCCUAAACUUGCUUGAACAAGGUGAUGUUGUAAUGGCAGACAAGGGAUUUCUAAUUGAAAAGGAACUACUUAAAAAAGGCUGCCACUUAAAACAACCAAUUUUUUUGAAAGAUAAGAUUCAGUUUGAGGCUAAUGAGAUGGUUGACAACUGUAAACUGUCAAAUAAGAGGGUUACUGUCGAGCGAGCUAUUUCUCGCAUUAAGCAAUAUAAAUAUUUUGAGGGUAGUAUACCCUACACUGCUCUACAUUCUGCCAAUAGUGUGUUUUUUGUUACAUGCAUGUUGAGCAAUUUUCAUGACCCACUAAUUAAAAAGGGUUGAUGAAGGUAGAUUAUUCAAAUGUCUGGAUUUUUAUUAUUUAUAACUCGUUAUGAUAGGUUAAUCUUAAAAAAGGUAUUUACAUCCCAUCUUUUUAUUAUAUGUAUUCAAAGUUUUGUAAAUAAAUGUUGUUCCUUUUUGUAAAAGCCAGGUUGUGUGAACUAUAACCUGUAUAUGCAUUUACUUAAGAUUUUAAUAGUGAUAUUUUUAAUUUCUUGGAUAUUGUAAAGUAGUGAAUAAUUAAUUUGUAUGAAUUAGUUUACAGAAAUUAAGCAAACAUGGUGUACUCUUAAUAUCUCGAAAACCUUUAAAUAAAAAAAGAUUUUGCGUAUUUAUCUGUUAUUUUUUUUACUCUUAUGUAGAAGAGUUUUUACUCAAAGCCUUGUAUUUUCGAAUAUUUUUUGAAGUCAAAUAUCAUGUUUCCGAUAAAACUAGUUUUUUCUCUUAAAGCAGCUUGAGGAUGUGCCCAAAACUUUCUUACGCUCUUCAUUAUUUCUCUCAGUGGUUAGGAAUGAUUCAAAGAAGCUAGUCUAUUGUCACUUUCAUUCUAGAUCUCGGGGGUAUCAGAAAAUGUAAGUCCCGAGAAGCCGAAAAAACCUACCUAAAACUUUUUGCCCGCUUCUCAACCCAUUUCAUUGAACUUUAACUCUAUUUCCACCUCUGUAAAAAGGGGAGAUGAACAGAAAACCCCGUUAAAGACACAGGGAAUGGUGUAAUCCUUUGUCAAAAUUCUUUUGCUCCGGGGGGCUCAAAACUCGUUUGGAACCAUUCUGCAACUUUGGUAAUCCUUGAUAACUUUAGUAGUGGUAAAUCACUAAUUUUUGUUACUUCACUAAAGUCUUCUUUUUUUCACUAUUAUUUUUGGCUAAUUAAAAAUUAAAAUUUAUUUUAUUGUUUUAAGACUUUUCUUCAACUUUUAUGACAUGUUUCCACUUAUUUUUAACUAUCAUGACAAAUUUUUAGAAUGUUAUUUUAAUAUGAUUAUGACCCUGUUAUCUCAAAGACUCAAUAUCUCAAAAAAUAUUUACCGUCCCUUGGAUUUCGUGAUAUUGAAAGCAUACUGUAUACGCAUACUGAAUAUAAACUCAAGGUUAGAUAUUGAUUACCUUCAAUU